UCCUCACUUCAGGGCCGGUGCUCUAUCCACUGCGCCACCUAGGUGUCCCCCACUUACCCCACUUUUAUAUGCUGAUAGGGGAAUAAAGAUGAAGAGAAGGAAGAAAAGAUUCGAGUAGAAGAAUUAAAAGGGUAAAAUGCCUUUGUAAUUUAUCAUAUUAUGAUAGGUUUCUUUCCCUGAAGCUCCUAUAUCGAUGGAGCAAUGGGAAAAGGCAGUCUAAAAAAUAAAAAAUAAAAAUAAAUAAAAAUUUAAAAAAAGACAGUCUAAGAGGGCAGGCAAUACCAGAUUCCUGGGACUGAGACUUUACUUUUUCUCCAAUAUGUGGUACCAAAAAAAAAAAAGGCAGAAUUUAUUAUUAAAGAACCUUCCAAAAACAACGUUUUCCAGUGUUUCUCACCAAAGUCUUCCAUCCAGUUCAGCUGCCACCUUCUCCCCUACCCGCCCACCUCAGACUUCGCUCUCCAGUUUGGCAAUUUCCAAGUUGUACGUGCAGACUGGAAUCAGAGAACUCUACUUUCAGUAGAAGAUCCUGCUGACCAAGCGGAAAACAACCGGCCGGACACACUUUGGGGCUUUCCCAAAGAAAAAGGGUGGCUUUUCCUGAAGCCAUGAGAGAGUAGACGCAAAAAUAAAAGAGGAGUUCCCCGAUCGAUCGCCUUGCUUCUUUAAGAUUCGAGAGCGAAACUGUUCCUCCACUGACCACACAACUAGCGCAGCAUCCGUCAAUCCCUUCUUAGGAGGAGGCGUCUUCCCAGGGUGGAGACCUGGAGGUUGGCUUCCAACACAGCGAGAGCUGGCAGGGAGACUGAGACUGCUGAGCCACAGGGUGUGAGCCACUGAAACGAGUGAUCCCUGCGCGGGAGGAGCAGCGAGGGGAAGGAAGAGGAGGCUGCGCUGCGAGCGGCCAGUGCCAGGCGCGUCUUGUCUCACGCGCGGAUCCGGGGCCGGGGAGGUUUUUAAGCUACUGACGUAGCCUGGCAAUCUUGGGAAGGGAGGAGCGGCCCCAGCCGGAGCCAGACCCAGACGCAGACAGUGUUCGGGAAGAAUUCUUCAAUUUCCACCGAGGGUGGAGGGGAGCGUAGGGUAGGCCUCGGGUGGGGAGAAAAAGCAUACAUCGAGGUCGAAGCAACUUUGGUGGCAGUUUGCUCUCGCUUUCUGGGGAACACUUUCGGGGCUGCGGACGAGUCGAAGCAUUGCGGAGGCUGUUUGAUUGCAGCCGGGAAGGGUUAGCGGUGUCGGGGAAGUAGGGAAUUUACUUUCCCAGUGUGCUAAAGGGGAGGGAGCCAGUCCCUGACCGCUGCCCUCCGCGGGGAGGGGGAGAAGCACCAAUGUCCGCGCUCCCGCUUCGAAAGGUGGAAGAGAAGGAGGUGGGAGCGUAGUAGACGCUGCCAACCCGGAACCGUCCCUCCAGAAACAUCAGCCUGUCGCUGGAAGAGUUAGGGCUGUCUCUUCCCCGUCCAGCGCUGAGACUGUGAGCGCAACGGCCCGGUUAGGAGGAUGAACGGGGAUGAACUAGCCAUUUCCAGCUCAUUGCCCACCAUCCCUUACUACAAACUCGCCGACCUACGCUUCCUGAGCCGGGGCGCAUCAGGCACCGUGUACUCGGCACGCCACUCCGACUGGCGCGUCCAGGUGGCAGUGAAGCACCUGCAUUUCCAGACCCCACUGCAGGAAAGUGAAAUAAGUGAUAUCUUAAGAGAAGCCAAGAUUUUACACAAAGCAAGAUUUAGUUAUAUCCUUCCAAUUCUGGGAAUUUGCUAUGAGCCUGAGUUCUUGGGAAUAGUCACUGAAUACAUGAACAAUGGAUCACUCAAUGAGCUCCUGCACAGGAAAAAUGACUAUCCUGAAAUUGCUUGGGCACUGAGAUUCCGAAUUCUGCACGAAAUUGCACUGGGAGUGAAUUAUCUUCACAAUAUGAACCCACCACUGCUGCAUCAUGACUUGAAGACUCAGAACAUCUUAUUGGAUAAUGAAUUUCAUGUUAAGAUUGCAGAUUUUGGUUUAUCAAAAUGGCGGCAGAUGUCUUUGUCUCAGUCAAGGAGUACUGUAUCUACCCCGGAGGGCGGGACCAUCAUCUACAUGCCACCUGAAAACUAUGACCUCAGCCAGAAGUCACGAGCCAGCAUCAAACAUGAUAUAUACAGCUUUGCUAUUAUCAUGUGGGAAGUGUUGUCCAGAAAACAGCCCUUCGAAGAAUUUAUCAACCCCUUGCAGAUAAUGUAUAGUGUGUCAAAGGGAAAUCGACCCGACACUGAGAAAGAAAGUUUACCACUUGACAUUCCACAUCGAGCUGGGAUGAUUUCCUUAAUUGAAAGUGGAUGGGCACAAAAUCCAGAUGAAAGACCAUCUUUUUUAAAAUGUUUAAUAGAACUUGAACCAGUUAUGAGAACCUUUGAAGACAUUAGCAUUCUUGAAGCUGUCCUUCAGCUGAAGAAAACUAAGAAUAAUUCAAAUAUAAUUCCUAUAUGUUCCAAGAAGACAAUGGAGUACCCUCUCAACAUACCUGUAAAUCGUGGUCCACAAGAGGAAUCAUGUGGAACUCAGUUUACUGUAAGGAAUGAUCCUGAAAUAGCAAGGUCCGUAUCGACCACUCAAGACAACCUCUUUUCUUCUGCACAAAAUCAGGAGUGUUCAACACUGCCUCAGUCUGCCGUAAAUCACAGUUGGGAUGGUAACAUUUCUUUAGUCCAAAGGGCUAAAUUUUGCAGCCACCAGACAGCUUGUUCUUCAGCAGUAAUACAGCCACUCACAGCCGAAGGAAAUUCAGUAAAUCUCCUGUCAGAGAAUCAGGGAAAUGGUGUUGCCCAGCAGUGGAUCCAAAGCAAAAGAGAAGACAUUGUGAACCAGAUGACUGAAGCUUGCCUCAACCAGUGCCUGGAUGCCCUUCUGUCUAAGGAUUGGCUUAUGAAAGAAGACUAUGAACUUAUUAGCACCAAGCCUACAAGGACAUCAAAAGUCAGGCAAAUGCUGGAUACAUCUGACAUUCAAGGAGAAGAGUUUGCCAAAAUUAUAGUACAGAAGUUGAAAGAUAACAGACAAUUGGGUCUUCAGCCUUACCCAGAAAUAUCUGUGGUUUCUAGGGGAACAUCUUUAAAUUUAUUCCAAAAUAAAAGCUUUUAAGUGUUUGCGUACCAGGAGGGAAAGUCAAUUUAUGAAAGGACAUUUUUUUCUCUAUCAUGCUUCAGCUGCAACUUUAAUUAUAAAUAAUAUUUUGACAGGUGUCUUACUGAGAUCUCUUUUAAAGUUAAUAUAAUUAUUUCUGGAUUCAACCCCAUAGUUCGUCAAAGUAUUUUUUUAUGGAUAGAAGUGGAAAACUUUUACUAUAGUAGGUGGCUUACUAUAUUGUGUUUUGUAAAUUGAUGUUGUUUUAAGGAUGAAGUAAUUAUACUUGUACUUGUUCAUAAAAAGUGUUAUAUGAUAUUGUA